UUUUUUGUACUUUUAAACAUUUAGUUUUGUAGUAAAAAAAACAAAACAAAACAAAAAACAUCCAUGCAGGUCUGUCAAGCUGCAGCCAAACCUGGAUGAAAAAUGCGGAAGCGUCAGAAUGUACAGAAACUUGAAUAUUCACCUGAGGCUGAAUAUUAAAUCCUUCUUGUCCCUUCUUACACUAAUGUAAAACCCUGUCCGGACCUGAAACCUACAGUCUACACAACGAUGAGUGGUGGCGUCAAAGCAGAUUCAGCAUCCAAAAGAAAUGACCGACCUAUUAUUGGUGUGCUUGCUCAGGAAGUUAAAUAUCCCACAGAUUUUCGAACCGCCUACAUUGCUGCUUCUUAUGUCAAGUACCUGGAGUCUGGAGGAGCGCGGGUCGUGCCUGUUAUGAUUAACAGGACGGUGAAAGAGUACACAAAACUAUUCAACUCCAUUAACGGGAUUCUUUUCCCAGGUGGAAUUACCAGCAUUACCUCUUCUGGUUAUCAAAGAGCUGCACAGAUCUUUUAUGACCUAGCUAUUGAGGCAAACAAAAGUGGCGAUUAUUUCCCUGUGUGGGGCACCUGUCUUGGAUUUCAGCAGCUGAUGCAUUUGACAAGCAAAAACAGUGUCCGGACGCAAACUGACACACAUGGUAUAGGGUUGCCUUUGAAUUUCACCAAUGAAGCCAAAGACAGCAGGAUGUUUAAAGACUUCCCACCGGAACUCAUGGAGGAUCUGUCAACUCAGCCACUGACGGAAAACUCUCACAAGUGGAGUGUGACAGUGGAGACUUUGAACACAAAUGAGGACCUGAAGAAUUUUUACAAAGUUCUUUCCACAAACACAGAUGGAAACGUUGAAUUUGUUUCAACAGUGGAAGCUUAUGAUUACCCAAUAUACGGGACCCAGUGGCAUCCAGAGAAGAAUGCGUUUGAAUGGUUAAAGUCUUAUUAUUCACACUCACGCUCAGCAGUGAAAACCACCUUCUAUAUGGCAGAGUUCUUCGUCAAUGAAGCAAGAAAAAGCUUCCACAGAUUUGAAACUGAAGACGCUGAGAGAAAAGCACUGAUAUACAACUACCGUCCUGUUUUCACCGGGGUCAAAAGCUGCUUUCUGCAAAAAUACUUUUUCUGAUGUCUUUUCGCACACUGAUAAUUGAUCGAUUGAAUCAUAAGAAAUGUGAUGAAAUGUACAUUUCAGAUAUUAGGAAAACAGUGAAAGUCGCCUGAACUUAUGUUAAACAGAUGGUGUUAGGUUCUGUGCACUAUUUUUUCUCGUCUUCUCCUUCUUUAUGACUUUGUUUUGUCUAUUUCAGAUUAAUAACUUUGUAGACAUUUUGCCUAGUUAACUGUGUUUUGCUAGGUUAACUAUUUUAGUCCUUUUGUAGUAUUUCUUCUAUUUUUAUAUGCCUAUAGCCUUAUGUUUGACCACUAGGGGGCGCUGAUGACCCCCCCCCCC